AUGUCUUUCUCCAAGAGGCCCCAAUCUGCCGAGUUGCCUCCUGCCCACGACCAUGCCUCCUUUUCCAAGAAGCCAGAAAUGAACGAACAGAAUUCGCUUGCCAGAGAGGAGUCUCCGAAAUAUCAACGUUUUGCCGAUGAUCACGUCGAGGAGUACGAUGAGGUCGAUGUUGCCAAACAUGGGCCCUUCGAUCACCCAGUGCCAGAGGACAUGGGCAACAAGGCUAUUCAACGCCAUCCACGCCCGGAUGCUCGUCCUGUCAUGCGGGCAUUUACAAUGAUGUGCUGCGUUGGAAUUUUCUGUUCUCAUAUCUCUCUAUGGGGCACUUUUCUCACCAACGAGGGAAGAUGGGACAACAUGGCGACCUCUUCCGUCUGGCUUACUCUACCAGUCGUCUUCGUGGUAUUCUGGUGGGAGUUUGCGAGCCUCGUCACUUCCUGGGCCCGCGGCCGUGACAUCACGCCUGUUGCUCAUAUUGUCAUGCAGCUCUUGCUGGGAUUGGCCUGCAUCGUCGCCAUCGUUUUUGAAGGCUUCUACCUCGCAUACUGGAGCAGCCCGCUUUAUCGCUGGGACCGUCUCACCCAAAUUGUGCCUGAGAUCUUAGUGACUCUGCUCCUUUUGUGCAUCACAGGAUCGGUCUUUACUAGGUUCAUUUUGGCGAUCAAGGACCACCGACGCCGAAAAGCUGCUGCAAGGCUGGCGAAACAGCCCGAGCAACAAGAGGCAUGA